GGUAGAGUCAGUCAGCGCCUCGGUCAGUGUGUUGAACCAGCGCGUCGGUCAGUGUAGUGUUGGUAAACAUGGCGAACCGCACGGUGAAGGAUGCUCAGUCAAUUCAUGGCACUAAUCCUCAGUAUUUAGUGGAGAAAAUUAUAAGAACCAGAAUAUACGACUCCAGGUAUUGGAAGGAAGAAUGUUUUGCCUUAUCAGCGGAAUUACUAGUGGACAAGGCGAUGGCUUUGAGAUGUAUUGGUGGAGUAUAUGGUGGCAACAUCAAGCCAACACCCUUCCUCUGUCUUGUGCUGAAGAUGCUGCAAAUUCAACCUGAGAAGGACAUUAUCAUUGAAUUUAUCAAACAAGAUGAGUUUAAGUAUGUUCGUGGGUUGGGAGCAUUUUAUCUGAGGUUGGUGUAUGGUUCUUUAGAUUGCUACAAGUACCUUGAACCCCUACUCAAUGACUAUAGAAAACUACGUCUUAUGGAUCGUUCUGGCCAGUAUCAACUUGCUCACAUGGAUGAAUUUAUUGAUAGUUUACUGCGAGACGAGCGUUCCUGUGAUAUAAUUCUACCCAGAGUUCAAAAAAGAUGGGUUCAUGAAGCUAACAAUGAACUUGAGGGUCGGGUGUCCCUGUUGGACGAUGAUCUGGAUGACCUGGAAAGUGAGAGUGAUGAGGAGGAGCUUCUUCCACCACCAAGGCCAAGGAAUGACCCAGUUGAACCAAUGCGGACAGCACCUAGCAGGGAUGACCGCCACGGAAGAGGCCACUCUCCUUCAAGACGUUCUCCCCAGAGGGAUAUGAGAAAUGACAGAGAAAGAGAAAAGAGGCAUCGCAGUAGAAGUCGUUCACGGGAGAGAGAUCGAGGCAUGGAAAGAGAUAGAGGAAUGGACAGAAUAGAACGUGAUAGAGGAAUGGAGCGAGAUAGAGGAAUAGAAAGAGAAAGAGGGAUGGAUAGAGAUAGAAUGGAUAGAGAGAGGGGGAUGGAAAGAAUGGAAAGAGACAGAGGAAUGGAAAGAAUGGAUAGAGACAGAGGGAUGGAAAGAAUGGAAAGAGACAGAGGGAUGGAAAGAAUGGAAAGAGACAGAGGGAUGGAAAGAGAAAGAGCUAUGGAACGAGAUAGGGGAAUGGAACGUGAGAGAGGCAUGGAAAGGGAGAGAAAGAGACAUCGCAGCAGGUCAAGAGAAAAGCGCCACCGAUCUAGAUCGCGAUCCCCUGGUCAUCAUCUUCACCACCAUCGAGAUCGAGGUCGUGGAGGAGAAAAGGAACGUGACCAUCGUCAUGGAGAGCGUGCAGAGAGAGAUCAUGGCAAAGAAAGAAACAGAGAUCACCGAGAAAGGGACCGUGAUCGUGGAGAUCGCAAAGAAAAGCAUCAUCGUAGUGGACGCAGUAAACGAGAUAACAUGAUGGGGAUGAGUAGGGAAGAUUUGGAGAUUGCAGAAGCUAAUGCCCUUAGGGCUCGAUUAGGUAUGCCACCUCUCCGUCCAUAGACAGAAAAACACAAUUUCUUCCCAAAUUGUUCUUGACAUUUUUUCAAGUGUUUCUUCAUUUGAAAGGAGAAAAUUGUGAUGAUGAUAAAUAGUUCAGUGUUUACCAUGUCCAUGAUUAUUUAGAUACAAAUUUUUUUCAUUAAAAUUUUUGUAAAACAA